AUGCAUCAGAUCUCUUACAGGCAAGCUCAAGAUGUUGUUCAUGCUUUUCCCAAUUGUCAGAGGUUUUCUAAAUCUAAGUCCCCUGGAGGAGUUAAUCCUCGAGGAAUAGAAGAAUUUCUGGGGCUCUUGGUUGCCCAGCAGCCCAGUGAUGAACAACCUCAACCAGAGGAGUCACCAAAUGAAUGUUGGGAUAUUACAGCUGGUUGGGAGAGAGAAAAUGAGGGAGCACCUGAAAUCCAACAGCCUGACCUAAAAGCUGAUCCACGACUGUCUCAGCCAAAGAGUGGAGGUAAAUGUGGAGAUUUUCCUGAUGUCAAGGGGGAAAUUCUACCCAAUCUAGAACCUGUUAAAAUCCCAGAAGCAGGUGAAGGGGAACCACAGGUUUAA